AUGUCGUUUAUUGUGCCCGUGGAUGUGUCGUGUCAUCUCUGUGACGUCACCCGCGGAGCCUACUUAAGCCCCCGCGCGGCCCACAGCGGUGUAGGUAGAGCGAGGAGUGUUGGGAUUGAGACGGUGGUCUCGGAGGGAGAGAGAGGCGCGUUGCUCUUCCAGGUGGUGAACAACAAGGGCGAGGUGCUGCUGGUCCUGGAGCGUGCAAAGGGGGGCAACCUGGAGGACUACCUGUUGAAGUGCGGGUGUCUGGGGGAGAUGGAGUCUUGCCACUUCUUCCAGCAGAUUCUCGCCACGCUCAGCCACGGCCAUGCCCAGGGCGUGGCACACCGGGACCUGAAGCCAGAGAAGCUUCUCCUGGACCAGCAUCAAAACAUAAAACUGGCAGACUUUGGGCUCAGCGCCCAGUUCUCCGGGGCAGCGCUGCUCAACACCCCCUGUGGCAGCCCAGAGUUCAUGGUGCCAGAGAUCCUCCAUCACCAGGAGUACAGUGGCCCCUCAGUGGAUGUCUGGAGCCUGGGGGUGGUCCUCUAUGAGAUGGUGACCGGGGAGCUGCCCUUCAAGGGCACCAGCCUCGGGGAGCUACGGGGCAGGGUGCUGAGUGGUGUCUACCAUGAACCGCACUGCCUCUCCCAGCAGUGCCAGGACCUGCUAAGGAUGAUGAUGACGCUUGACCCCCAGAGCCGCAGCAACCUGGACAGCAUCAUCCAGCUCACCUGGGUGGGGCUGACGAACUGACUCCCGCCCUGCCGUGAGCCGUCCCCG